AUGGAUGUUAUGCUGCAAAGUUGUCACCACUUGGGGGUACCCAUUGCUACAGAAAAGGUUGAGGGUCCCUGCUCUGUCAUCACCUUUCUAGGGGUGGAGCUUGACACUGUCAACAUGGUUAUUAGACUACCUAAGGACAAGCUUGCGGAUCUACUUGUCAAGCUGCCAAGCUGGUUGACCCGCCAUACAUGCUCGAAACGUGAAUUGCUCUCCCUCAUUGGAUGCCUCAGUUUCGCAUGUAAGUGCAUGCUAGCCGGCCGCAUCUUCCUGAGGCGCAUGAUUGAUAUCAGCAUGACAGCCACCAGUCUUUCUCAAGUCAUAACACUCACUGACGAAUUCUGGCAUGAUGUUCAAUGGUGGUGUGACUUCUUGCCAUCUUGGAACGGCACAGCAUCCCUCCUCAACCCAAACUGGAUACCGUCCCCAGAAUUCGAACUGUUUACAGACGCCUCAGCAACACUUGGCUACGGUGCAUUCUACAAGGGUCAUUGGUUCGCAAACACCUGGCCUACAUUCAUUACAAAUGACCCUUUAUACUCUAUUGCCUGGAAGGAACUUCUACCAAUUCUACUAUCUUCCUUAAUUUGGGGCCACUUGUGGUAUGGUCUUCGAAUACGGUUUCACUGCGAUAACAUAUCAGUUGUCCAAAUAUGGAAAAAAGGCUCCUCAUCAUGUCCACGGAUCAUGCAACUUGUCCGACUGCUGUUCUUCACUGCAGCAUCUAAUAACUUUCACGUCAUGAUCUCACAUAUCUCAGGGUUUAAUAACGAUAUCGCUGACUCUCUCUCUCGCCAACAGAUAUUGCGGUUUCAACGACUGACACCUCAGGCAGACAGGGUCCCAACCAAAACUCCGGACCUGUGCACCCUCUUAACGGCUCCGAUAUGUGACGUAGUCCCGUCAACCUCACACAACAAGCCUGCCACUACAUCAACCUGA